AUGGCGGGCGACGCCGCUGGCAUCUCCCCUGUGGAUGAGCAACCUCAGCCUUUCAAUGCUACCAAACUCGAACCUGCGAAGAAGCGCAAGAGAUCGCGAUCACCUUCGACUUCCACUCCCAGACGUCUCGAUCCUCGUUCAGAUUCAAAACGGAGAUCUACCUCGCCUUCAAAUCCUGCUAAGCGCCAACGAUCACCUUCACCACAACCUCGAAAGCAGAAGCGGCCAGGUCAGCGAGCUCGGAUCACAGAUGCUGAGAGGGAGCAGAUUCGUCAAAAGCAGAUUGAACGUGAGAAGGAGCUAGAAGCUGCUGUUGCUAAGCAAGGAAUUCAUGAUGCCGUUAAGCAGCACUACAAUACAGUUCCAGAACGUGGCCGCGAUUGGCGAAAGACGGAGAGUCGCAUCAAGGGACUUCGAAGCUUCAAUAAUUGGGUCAAGAGCACCAUUAUUCAGAAGUUUUCUCCAAGUGAGGACUACACACCUGGAGCACAAGAACGUGGUGGUAUGGUAUUCGCAGAAGGCCCCACUGAGACGAAAGGUCUGCUGGUUCUCGACAUUGGCUGUGGUAAAGGUGGUGACCUGGGCAAAUGGCAGCAAGCUCCACAACCAGUCGAACUGUAUGUCGGCCUGGAUCCAGCAGACAUCUCAAUCGACCAAGCAAAGGACAGAUACCGUCAAAUGUCGUCCCGUGGUGGAGGUGGUCGUGGACGUGGUGGUAGGGGAGGCUACAAUGGCAGACCACAACCUCGAUUAUUUCAGGGCGAAUUCUUCGUUCAGGAUUGUUUCGGUGAUACCAUUGAAAAGGUCCCCCUGGUACGUGAUGUGGGAUUUGACGGCUCUGGUGGACCGUCACGAUUCGGUGGAGGAGGAUUCGAUGUGGUUAGCAUGAUGUUCUGCAUGCACUAUGCUUUCGAGAGUGAGGAAAAGGCACGCCGUAUGCUGAAGAAUGUGGCAGGUGCUUUGAAGAAAGGAGGUAGAUUUAUCGGCACGAUUCCCAACUCAGACAUCCUGACUGGUAAAGUCAAAGACUUCAAUGACCGCAUGGCGUCCAAAAAGAAGCAAGCCGGGCCUGCUGAGGACAAUGAAGAGGGAGAGGAGAAAGAAGAUGACGGGGAAGUUGAGGAGGGGGAGGCAGAAGAGACUGCAGGUUGGGGCAAUGAGAUCUACAAAGUACGAUUUCCAGGAGAGACCCCAGCAGAUGGCAUUUUCCGACCUCCGUACGGAUGGAAAUACAACUUCUUCCUACAUGAGGCUGUGGAGGAAGUUCCUGAGUAUGUUGUUCCUUGGGAAGCGUUCCGUGCUCUUGCAGAAGACUACAACCUGGAAAUGCAGUACCACGCUCCCUUUGAUCAAAUCUGGAAGACCGACAAAGAUGACGAGACGUUGGGACCUUUGAGUGAGCGUAUGGGAGUCAGAGCUAGGGGUCAAGGACGUCUUCUUGUCAGCGAUGAGGAGAUGGAAGCGGCCAGCUUCUACGUGGCAUUCUGCUUCUACAAAGUUUGA